AUGACUGUCAAGGUAUAUUCGGAAUUGUAUUUAAAGUUAAGAAUUAUUCAUAGAGAUAUAAAACUUGAAAAUAUUUUAUUAAAUGAAAACGGAACUAUAAAGUUAUGUGAUUUCGGAUGUGCUACUUUUUCUUAAAAAAAAAAUUCUGAAAUGUUAAUGAAAAGAUCUUUCUGUGGUACUAUAAGCUAUCUUUCUCCUGAAAUGAUAAAUGGUAUUUAUGAUAAAGAUGUUGAUGUUUGGUCUUUAGGUGUUGCUUGUUAUGAAUUAAAUGCUGGAUAUUCUCCUUUUAAUAGAGAAAACGAAGAACUAACAUUUGAUGCUAUUAGAAAUAUAAAUAUAGAUUAUCCUAAUUAUUUUUCGGAGGAUUUAAUUGAUUUUCUUAAAGGAAUAUUUAAGUAUAAUGUUUAAGAUAGAUAUUAGAUAAAAGAUCUAAUUAAUCAUAAAUGGUUAAAUAGAAAUUUAGAAAACUCAUGA